AAAACUGGAAGUAUCAAUGUUGUCACUGGAGUUUCAUCUCCCAUUGUCAUAUUUAUAGUAUUGGGAUAAAAGUCUACACAACCGUAACUUCGAAUUCAAUCUAUUUUCAAACAAAAUGAACGAAAAAUGAAAACAAAAUGAUUAAAAACAACAUAAUUUUGCUAUUCACAAAAAUAAGCAAAUAAUUGAACGUCAUUAACGUCAACGUGUCAACUGUCAACGAUUUCCUGUGCUGUGGUCCAAGUCGUGUUCGCGAAAGGAUAAGUGCAGCAAUAGUUACGUUCGCUGGUUACAUCUCCACUCUCAAUGAAGAAAAAUAAGAAGAAGAAUCAGAAAGAAGACCCCUACAUAACCAUAUUUUUUUUGUUUGAUUUUUUUCAAUGAACUUUUUUUAGUAAGAUCAAGAUAUCAAGAUCAACAAAUAUUCAUUUAUUUUUAAGUUUUAGACCACAUAUGUACGCUAAUUAUGUGUGAAAAAAAGGAUCCUGAAGGAAGCUUGGAAGAAUCAAUAGCCGAAGAAAUGGAUGCAAAUUCAGAUAGUACUGAUAGUAGUGAUGUGAGCAUGUCGGAGUCUUCAGAUUCUGAAGAUGAAAAUGAAGAUAUAACUCCAACUCAAAAUGUUGAUGAUUCACAGUCUGACAUGGAAGAAACCUUACCAGAAGAAGAAGAAGAUGAAACCAUUCAGGCAAUAAGAAGGGAAAGUAAUCAUGAAAGAGAUCAUCCCCCAAUUAUACAAUGUGAAGACUUUGUCACUGACAUUUCUUUUCAUCCUCACAAUGAUAUUCUGGCUGUAGCUAGUAUAGUUGGGGACAUCCUGAUUUACAAAUAUUCAAAUGUGGAGAACACAUUGACAAACACUCUAGAAGUACAUACAAAGGCUUGUAGAGAUAUUGAAUUUAGUCAUAGUGGUGAACUUUUGUUUUCAACAUCAAAAGAUAAAUCUAUUAUGAUAAGUGAUGUUGAAAGUGGAAAAUUGAUGAGGUUUUAUGAAUCCUCACAUGAUGUUCCAGUGUACUGUUUGACUGUGAUUGAUGAACAUUUAUUUUCCACAGGUGAUGAUGAUGGUACUGUGAAACUGUGGGAUCUGAGACAAAAAGAUGACAGACAAAUUUACAAUACGAAGAAAAAUGAAGACUUCAUCAGUGACAUCAUUACAGAUGAAUCUAGAAAGUACCUUAUAUGUUCCAGUGGAGAUGGAUCACUCACAAGCAUUGAUCUUCGAAAUAGAAAAAUACACAUGCAGUCUGAAGAAUAUGAAGAAGAACUAACAUGUCUAGGGCUCUUCAGAACCGGCACUAAACUCGUUUCAGGUUCUUCCACUGGCAAGCUCUACAUGUACAAUUGGGAAGAGUUUGGUCUGCAUAGUGAUGCUUUCCCAGGACCCAAAACUGCUGUCAAUGCCUUGGUUCCCAUAACAGAAAACAUAGUUGUAAUCGCCUGUGAAGAUGGAAACCUCAGAGCCACACAUUUGUUUCCACAUCGCCACUUGGGAAUUGUUGGACAACAUGAUUUGUCAGUUGAAAAUGUUGAUAUUUGUAAUACUGGGCAGUUUAUAGCUUCCAGUAGCCAUAAUAAUGAUAUUAAGUUUUGGAAUAUUCAGUAUUUUGAGGAUUUUGAAAAGGUCUCCCAGAAGCAUAAGAAGCACAAUAAGAGGAAAGAGUUGAAAAAUAAUCUGCCUUCAUCCAAGAUGAAAAAUGUUUCAGAUUUUUUCAGUGGCCUAUCUUAAAUGUACAGUCGUCUUCAGA